GCAAGAUAGAUUUGGUAUCACGAAAGAUGGAUUUGGUAUCACGCAAGAUGGAUAUGAAAUCAGGCGAUAUGGAUUUGGUCUAAGGCAAGAUGAAUUUGGUCUCAGGCAGGAUGGAUUUGGUCUCGGGCAAGAUGGAUUUGGUCUCAGGCAAGAUGGAUUUGGUCUGAGGCAAGAUGGAUUUGGUCUGAGGCAAGAUGGAUUUCGUCUAAGGCAAGAUGGAUUCGGUCUCAGACAAGAUGGAUUUGGUCUCAGGCAAGAUGGAUUUGGUCUCAGACAAGAUGGAUUUGGUCUCAGGCAAGAUGGAUUUGGUCUCAGGCAAGAUGGAUAUGGUCUCAGACAAGAUGGAUUUGGUCUCAGGCAAGAUGGAUUUGGUCUCAGACAAGAUGGAUUUGGUCUCAGGCAAGAUGGAUAUGAUAUCAGGCUUUUGGACCUGAGUGGAGUUUCUUAA